AAAGUUACAAAUCUAAAGAAACCGUCUUAGUUUAUUUACAAAGUGAAACCGUGAGCAUUUGCAAUUGAAAUAAAAUGGUUUGUAAAUAUUAACAACGAUUCUAGUGAUCAGUGUGAGUGUGUUAGUUCAGGCAGAAUUUCCUGAUGAUCCCAAACCUUGUAAAUAUGGAGAUGUGGAAUGUAUUAAAGAAACUAUGAAUUUUUUAUUAAAGAAUAAAAUACAAGGGGCUUUGGCAAGGAUUUAACCAAAAAACACACGCUUAUUUUGCAUACCGAUUACUUGAGUGCCGUCGGUGAUUAUGAUAUAAAAGGCAAAAUUUUGAUACUGCCUAUACAGGGCAGUGGUAAAACUAAUAUAACUAUGGUUGAUGUCGAUAUAAUAAUGAAUUUUGUGGGCACGCCCCUUGAAAAAGAAGGCGUUACUUAUAUGAAUAUCGAACAACUCAAUAGCGAUGUGGUGCCCAAAAAAAUGCUGUAUAAUGUGCAAAAUCUAUUUAAUGGCGAUAAAGCUUUGGGUGAUAAUAUGAAUUUAUUUCUAAAUGAAAAUUGGAAAGAAAUUUAUGAUGAAGUAAGAGGUUCUUUAAACAAAGCAUAUGCAAAAGUUUUUAAAGAUGUUUUAAAUGCUGUUUUCUCAAAAUAUCCUUAUGAUAAAUAUUUUAGCGAUUAAAUGUAAUAAUUUCAAUUAAAAUUGACAAUAUAGUUAAUUAAGAGCAUAUGUUAAUUGAUUGCUAUCGACUUUUAUUAUCCAUUAUCAAUGACAAUUUAAUAAUUCAAUAGUAGACCGUUCAAUUCAGAAUCGUGAAUUUUUUUUUUCUAAUUUAUAACCAAUUAUUGAGCUAUUUUAUACC